AUGGGAAAGCCGCCGAAUCUAUACGCCUUCCAAGGCACCGCCGAGCUGGCUCCGAGCCUGCGCACCUAUGUGCUCGAUGCGCAGAAUGCCGCGCUCGAGCGUCAUCACGUCUUUCGUGUCGCCGUCUCCGGCGGCUCGCUGCCCAAAACGCUUGCGCAGGCGCUGCUAAAGGAGACGAAUGGCGAAGGAAGAAUCCAGUUCGACAAGUGGGAAAUCUUCUACGCCGACGAGCGCGCCGUGCCCCUCGACCACGAAGACAGCAACCACCGGCUGGUCAAGGAGGAGCUCCUGGACAAGAUACCCGCAGACUUGGGCACCCCCAAGGUCCACCCCAUCGACGUCAAAUACCUUGAUGAUGUGCAAGAGCUGGCCGACCAGUACGAAAAGACCCUGGUCAGCGUCUUUGCCGCGCGCGACAGCGUCAAACUGCCGCUCUUCGACCUGCUUCUCUUGGGCUGUGGACCGGACGGACACACGUGUAGCCUGUUCCCUGGCUCUGACCUUUUACGCGAAACCGAAGCCUGGGUCCUCCCCAUCUCCGAUUCUCCGAAGCCUCCACCGAAACGUAUCACCAUUUCACUCCCGGUCGCGCAACACGGACUUAAGAUCGCCUUUGUUGCGACUGGCGCGGGAAAGAAGGACAUUAUGCGCAAGAUAUUCGAUACCGACGAGGGCCAGCAGCUGCCGUGCGGCUUGGUCAAUCUCAAGGGUGCAGAUCGCGUAAGCUGGUUUGUCGACUAUGCUGCUAUCGAGGGAGUCGCCUUCCCAGCUCGCCGUGGCAGCUUGUGA